AUGUUUUCCGACAUGAAAUUGUUCUAUAUAAACAGCCGUUUCUCCCUAUAUGUCGGCGUAUCUUCUGGGUUUUCCGACGAUCUCCAGAGCAACCUAGUUCAAUGCAAAAGACCCCAUGAACAAUGGGAGAUCGUCAGCCUGCCCUUUCGGGACCUGGGUUCCACAGAACUACUUAUUCGUGUGCACGCAUCAGGCAUAUGCAACACAGACCAUUUCCUCAUGGACGGGACUUGGCCCGGAACCCAGUACCCUCGAGUUCCUGGCCAUGAAGUCAUUGGAAGGAUCGCGCAGAUUGGGUCUGAUCUGAUGAAGAAUCCUUCGAAAGCAGAUCGUUAUGCUGUUGGCUCACUUGUCGGGGUUGGGUGGAAUGGAGGAUUUUGUGCGCAAUGUGAAUGCUGCCGAAAUGGCGAUUUCUGGUCUUGUACAGAAGUAGCCUAUACCGGAUUCUCCCACGAUGGGGGCCACGCAGAAUAUGUUUAUGUUCCUGAGUCUGCUGUCAUCCACAUAGCCGAAGAGGCCUUGGAAACAGCGACAUAUGCUGAGCUCGCGCCUCUCUGCUGUGCUGGAGCAACCGUCUUUGGUGCUAUUUUGACGUCAAAGUGGUCACCCGGUGACAUCUGUGCUGUCCAGGGUGUAGGAGGGCUUGGGCACCUGGCGAUUCAGAUUGCCAGCAAUCUUGAAAAGGUCUAUGCUAUCUCAUCGACAAGCUCAAAAAAAGCCCUCGCUAUAUCACUAGGUGCAUCCGGGUUUAUUGACUCAAGCAAGGAAGAUGCUGUCGACUACAUACGAAAAUUGGGAGGCGCUAAACUGAUUAUCUGCACGGCACCAUCAUCAUCUCAAAUUAGUGCAAUACUUCCUGCCAUUUCAAAAAAUGGCAUGAUUACCUUAGUGGCUGCUGCCACUGAUGGUCCGAUCAAGGUGGAUAAUCUUCUCCUCAAUAUCAAUCGCGCUGCUCUACGCGGCUUCGCUUGUGGAUGUGCACAAGAUACGGAGAAAUGUAUUAGUUACGCGACGGCGAAAGGCAUAAAAGCGAAGGUCCGGGAAUUUUCGCUGGAGAAUUUCACCGAGGCCUACGAAGACGUCAUGCGCAACACGGCAAAUCUACGUAACGUGGUCGUCUUCCCAUAA